AUGUCUGGACGUGGUAAAACUGCAGGAAGUGGUAAAGCACGAGCUAAAGCUAAAACUCGUUCAUCACGAGCUGGUCUUCAAUUUCCAGUUGGUCGUAUUCAUCGUCUUCUUCGACGUGGUAACUAUGCCGAACGUGUCGGUGCUGGUGCUCCAGUUUACUUAGGUGCCGUACUUGAAUAUUUAUCGGCUGAAAUUCUUGAAUUAGCAGGCAAUGCUGCACGAGAUAAUAAGAAAACACGUAUUAUUCCCCGUCAUCUUCAAUUAGCCAUUCGAAAUGAUGAAGAAUUAAACAAAUUAUUAUCUGGUGUAACAAUUGCUCAAGGUGGUGUCUUACCUAAUAUUCAAGCUAUACUUUUACCAAAGAAGACUGCUGAAGGUGGUGCUGUAUCAACACCACGUGAAACAUCUGGUUCAGCUGGUCCAAGUAAAAAGAAAACAACUGGUGAAAAAUCUGAAAAAGCAUCAUCAGGUGCUAAAGCAGCUGAAAAAGCUUAA